AUGCAAGGGGCCCAACCAACACUUGUCGGCAACACGCUUGCAUGGACACAGUUCCACAAGAAGACCAUCUUGGCGUCUGUCACCCACACGAUCGCAUUUCCAACGUCACAUCGCUGCCGCACCACUGCCAAGCACGAAUGCAUCCACAUCGCGACCAUGACGGACGAUGAGCCGCGCCAGCUCUUGCCCCAUGCGGAAUCGCACCACAACCUCUCCACCAAACUUGGCGCUUCUCGACCGCUUCCACCCAGAAAUCGCACCUCGAAAGCGGCCACAUCACUCUCCAAAUCGCCCUUGAUCACUUCCCAAGACGAGAUUUUCAUCAACGAUCGAGACGAUGCCAAUGACAGGCUCGGUAGUUCCCACGAUUCGCAAGCGACUGCGAAGAGCCACGAUGACCAGCCAGCAGACCUCGAAGCCCGAAGGACCGCAUCUCCCGAACCCAUGUCAGUGCAGCGUACCGUUUCAGGCUCUUCCGUCCGGAGUAUGCGAUCCAAUGGCACUGCGUCGGACAUUCCGAAGCAAGAGAUCGAGAAGGCGCUCGAGGGUCUGGAUCGCGACGAUCUCGUGAUUGCCCUUGGCCGCGCAAAGGUGCAGAUGGACCACAUCGAGGCACAGCUCGAAGACCAAGUCUCACACAACGAGUCGCUCCAAGAAUCUACUGCCGCUUUGUCUCAGCAGCUCGCUCAGUCCGAUGCCCAAGUGCAUUCGCUCCAGUCGCUUGUAAAGCAGAGGGAGGAGAGGAUCGACGAGAUCAUGGCAGAUCAGGAUCGCAUGGAAGGUGAGGUCUACUCUACUAUGCAAGUGAUCGAGCGCCUCAGAAAACAGCUCUCAGAGACCGAGCGCAGCCGCAACGAUGCCGAAAAGCGCUACCUCGACCAGACUGCCACCAUGGACAAGGAGCGUCAGUAUUAUCAAGAUACAGAAGCCCUCCUCAAAUCACAAAAGGCCACACAGGCUUCGGCGUACGACAGGUUGCUCUCCGGUCACAACGAGCUUCUACGCGAGCACGAACGCAUCACGAAUCGAUUGGCUUCAAUAAAGGCCAGCACAGGCAUCCAAGACAGCGACUCUCCCCUUCUAUCAGAACGCCAUCUGACUUCCGACUCAUCCGCUGACCCGCAAGUUGUUCCCUCGCACGAUGACGCAGGCUCAGACCCAGGCCCAGACGACGCUCAUGGGUCCAUUCGAUCGCCGCAGAUCCGUGCUGACACCAUCGGACGCCGCACUUUUGCCCCAGAAAACGAUAUGACUACGCUCGUCGAUGAACUAUCCACGCUCCAAAAGUCUCAUUCUUCGCUCACAGAGACAAUGUCGACAUUGCAGGCCGAGCUUAAGGAUGUCAGAGCAGAAAACCUCGCCUUGCGCGACCAGAAUGAGGCCUUCAUGGACAUCCUGCAGGAGAAGACCUUCAGCGGCGCCUUGCUCAACGAGAGUGCCAUGCUUCGUGGCAUCCGACGAGCAUCGCUAGGACGGCUCCGCGCACAUGAUAGUCUCGGUGAUCCCUACGAUCAAGAAGAUGCCACCGAGGCCGACUCGCUCGACACUGACGACACCGAUGACGACGGCCGUUCCCGCAGCACCUCCCUUUCGUCUAGCACCAUUCCCGAGGAGGAUGAGGACGAUGUCGACGAUGUUCCCGAUACACCUAGAGCUCCGCCCAACAAGACGCACACUUCUCGACGCAGGCGUGCCACUUCUGGCGCCGACUUGCCUGCAACCAAUCUGGCUUCCGAGCUCCAAGACAGUGCAGGCGAGGGUGUUAUUGCCGCUUCCAGCGGCGAUCGAUUGACACGAGAGAAGCGCGCAAAUACGCGCAUAGGAUCCGUAUCUGACAGCGUCGACGAGCUGCAGCAAGAGGUUCGCGAGCUGCGUGAAGCAAAUCAGGCUCUUACCCUCUACAUCUCCAAGAUCAUCGACCGCAUCAUCGCACGCGAGGGCUACGAGAACAUCCUCGCUGUUGAAAGUCGCGGUACGAUCCGCGGCCCGCGCCACAAGCCAUCCCGUGCUACAUUAAGUCUUCAUAGUCCCGAUCAGAAGAAGGGCGCCAGCGGCGAGGACAAGACGGGAUCCCGCAACGUUUCCAAUGCCAGCACAACAUCGACCACGAGCAUGUCCAAUCAGGCUGGCGGAAUGUUCAGCUUCGGGGGCCCAACAAGCGAACCUCGUACUUCGGCGCCACCCAAAAGCAAGCGCACAUCAUCGAUCGACUGGCGCAGUUUGCCUUUCCUCGGUGGCGGUAGCAGCAGCAACGCUGCCGAGUCUGUUUCCAUCCUGCGACCCCUGACACUCCAGUCUGAUAACCUCCUCAUCCCGUCUCGUGAUGGCUCGGCCCGCAAACUCCGGAGCAGCGAAGAGAUUGAAGACGAACACGAUGUAGCCGAGCGUGAGCGCAUUCGCAAAGAGCUGCUCAUGCGCGGUAUCCAGCCGCCCAAGCAUCAGCUUGUUCAGAGUCCGACCAGCCCGCACACCCAACGCCCGCAAAGUCUAUCGGCGGCGCCCGGAGCUGGAGGCUUUGCAGCUUUCUUCUCCCGCGUCGUUGGCGGCGCAAGCUCGAAUCCACCCGUCUUGAGUCCGACCAGAUCCGACUCGCAGUCGCAGGCAUCGACGACGCCGGGCAGAAGCUCGGACACUGCUUUUGAACGCGCCAUCUCCUCCACUCCAGCAGCACGCGACGAAGAGCGCUCUCGUGCCGUUCAAUUGUCAGCGGGAAGCGGCACUAGCCUCACCAAGAUCAGCAGCGGCCAAGGCAUCGCAUCCAGAGCUCGUCAGCAGCGAGCGGAAAGGCACCAGCAGACUCUCGAGCUCGCCGCUGAAAGCAGCUCGGGGUAUCCCUUCCCUUCAUCUUUGCACAGCAGCGCGUCCAACAGCCGCGCAACCAGCGGCACCAGCAGCCUAGCCGAGAGUUCUAUUCUCGAGAACUCCGUCGCAGGCGACGAAAGCUACUCGUUGCCUGCUCCACCAGCAAAUUCCUCACAUCUAGAUCCAGACUCAAUUCGCAUGGUAUCGCCCUUGACUGGCUACGGAGGUACCCUGCCGCCGCUGCCACAUGAAACCACGGGAGACGAAGAUCCACAGGCGUUCCGGUCGCCGACGCUGGCCCAAGAUAAGCCCACGCCUCAAAGCAGCCAGGAUCAGGGGUGGAAGCGCGCUUUCCGUAGGAUCAGCCUGCUCAACACCAAUACGGGCGACGCCAACGACCCAAGAUCAUCCACCAGUCCAUCCGCUGGCGAACUUCGAAGCAGCCCGUUACCUGAACCUAAUUCAUUCAACUCAUCAAACUCAGAACGCUCGGAAGAGUGA